AUGUCUGAUGCACGAAACCCCCGCAUCGACAAUCUCCCUCAACCUCAAUCCAACACAUCCGCCUUCGACACGUCAUCACCUGGUUCCAUUGAUUUCAACUUUCCUUUUGCCGGUAGUCCUCAUGGUAGCAGCAACAGUGGCAUAGAUGCUCCGCCAGAUAUCCGUUUGAGCCACAGCCAGGGUUUUCCUGGUCGAGGCUCGAUGGUGGGUUAUGCCAAAGGCAAAAUCCCCAGUCCGCAACAUCGAGCCUCUUUGGCCAGCAUCGAUUCGGCCUUUGACCAUGAUCUUUUUGGCGCCGCCGCGUUGAGCCAAUGGGCUCCCGGUUCCGGCAAUCAGCCACCUAGUAACGCAGAUUCAUCACCGAGGAAAGCCCCGAGCACCACUGAGCAGGAAAACAGAAAGCCUCAAGGCGACGACGAAAAGCCGCCGGCAUGGAGCGAGCUCAAGACGAAGGCAGGAAAAGAGAGAAAACGACUGCCUCUGGCCUGUAUUGCUUGUCGCCGAAAGAAGAUCCGAUGUUCCGGUGAAAAGCCGGCUUGCAAGCAUUGUCUACGUGCUCGCAUACCCUGCGUCUACAAAGUGACGACCAGGAAAGCUGCUCCUCGGACGGAUUAUAUGGCCAUGUUGGACAAGCGCCUGAAAAGGAUGGAAGACCGCGUGAUCCGAGUCAUCCCCAAGGACGAACUCCCAGAUCUGAACGCGACUGGCCGAGGUUCGGUCCGGCCGCCUCUGCCGGGCCAGGCGCUGAAGAAGGAGAAAGACCAGCCCAAGAAGCGGUCCGCCGACGAGGCUUUCACGCAAGAGCUCAAUGACUGGAGGAGCUCUCGAGAGAAAUCUACUUUGCUCGACCCCACCGCUGGUUUGCGUAAACAGCGCGAAGGCGAGAACAAGCUGUUUAUCGAAGGCUCCGAGUCUCUCCCCCCACAACACAUCCAAGAACAUCUCGCCGAAGUGUUUUUUGACUGCGUCUACGGCCAAUCCUACCUCCUUUUGCACAAGCCCAGCUUCAUGCGGAAACUGAAAGCUGGCACGAUCCCACCAGUCCUUAUCCUGGCUGUAUGUGCGAUUUCUGCGCGUUUCUCGACACACCCGCAAGUUAGCACCGAACCGGCGUUUCUGCGUGGAGAGCAGUGGGCAACUCCCGCUAGACGCAUCGUGGAGAAGCGUCACUACGAGCCCAACAUCACCAUCCUUACGGCAAUGCUCAUGUUGGGUCUACACUACUUUGGGACCUGUGAGGGCGGAUUGUCGUGGUCCUUUGGCGGCCAGGCCAUGCGGAUGGGCUACGCUUUACAACUGCACCGCGAACUCGACCACGAUCCCCUGGGUCGAAACCAAAUUGCCAACAACUCGAAUGAGAACAAAAAGGGAGGGCCCAAACCGCCCGAACUCUCCUUUACAGACCGGGAAAUCCGCCGUCGAACAAUGUGGGCCUGUUACCUGAUGGACACGUUCAACUCGUCCGGAACCGAACGCCCUUCCUUUCUCAACGAGGACUACUACCAGAUCCAGUUGCCGAUCAAAGAAUCACACUUUCAAAUGGAGGUGCCCGGCGCCACGGAAGACCUGUACGGCAAUGUGCCCAUGUCCAGCGGUAACAAGUCAUCGCUCGACAACAACGCAGGGGACGUCGCCGCCGAGGCAAAAGCAAACAUGGGCGUCGCCGCGUACAUCGUUCGUGGCGUGGUCCUCUGGAAACGCAUCGUCAAGUAUCUCAAUCUGGGAGGCAAGGAAAAAGAUCCGCAUCCCAUAUGGGACCCAUUAUCUCAGUUCGCGACCCUGCAACGCCAAAUUUCCCAACUGAAAUCCUCUCUACCGGACGACAUCACCUACACGCCGGAAAAUCUCGCCACACACGCCUCUGAACGUCUCGCGAACCAAUACCUCUUGCUGCAUAUCAUCCUGGCCCAAACCUCCCUCUUUCUCCACCGCUUCGCUAUCCCUACGCAACCCAGCCACAGACCCCAUCACCAUUACUACACCCAGCAAGGCAUGCCUAAGGCGUUCCUCACGGCAUCCGCCAAUAUCGUCCUCGAAUCCGCGAGCCUUAUCAGCAAACUCAUCGCCGACGCGACGGGUCACACCCUGACCGUUCCCUUCGCGGGGUACUGCGCCUACGCUGCCGCGACGGUGCAUGUCUGGGGGAUCUUCUCCAAGAACUCGGCUCUCGAGCAGCAAAGUAAGGAGAAUUUACGGCACAACUACAAGUACCUCACGAGGAUGAAGCGGUACUGGGGCAUGUUUCAUUACAUGGCCGAGUCAGUCAAGGACAUCUAUCGCGCCUUUGCGGACGCUACACUUCGUCACGCCCAGGCUCGACCGGGUCCAAAUGGGAUCGGUGCUCUGCGCAGACAUUCAUCCGCCACAGGAGGAGGAGGAGGAGGAGCAGGAGGAGGGGGGAGCGGGACGCAGACGCCCAUGGAACUGGACGCGACCGCAACGCUGAUGUCCAACACCAACCCGCCUUCUCGCUCCGAUACCCCCGCAGACCCCAACAAACCGCAAUCCGAAAAGGACAAGUCCAAGACCAUGUUCCAGUACGGCGACUGGUUCGACAAGUACCCGCACGGCGUCUCCGAAAGCGAAUGGGAAAAGUCCCACUUGGAGUACCGCAGCGAACACGCCCAGGGCGGCGCCGAGGCCGUCAUGUCCCAGAGAAGUGAUUUGCAGUCGGUGGAAGAGUUCUUCGCGAGUCUGAGUCCGCCGUCAAAGGCUGAGGAUGGCGCUGGUGGCCUGGCUGGGAGAGGGAAGAAGAUUCCAAGGAGAAGGGGGAAGAGCGUGGCGGAGAACAAGAAGGCGGACAAAGAAGACAAAGGAGAAAAGAGUAAGGGCAACAACAACAACACAUCGAGUUCGACUACGGCUGCGGCUGCCGGCGCUGGAAGCGGAGCUGGUUCGUCAACCACGGAACUGCAGGACUCGCAAAGACGACAGUCAGUGUCCCAACAAUUGGCUGGACAGCAUCUCCCAACCACAAGUGCCGCCGAUCUCAGCCUGAACCUCAACCUCAAUCAACCAUUUGAUCUCGCGAGCUUCGACAUAACAUCCCCAUCACUGUAUCAGAACGCCCAGUUUUCGGACCCUUACACCUAUGGUGGUUCACCGACAUCGCCACACUACAACAGUCUCAGUUUCAUAUCCACCCUGCCGGCCAUCGAUAGACAAAUGGUCUUUGGCGCCGCAUAUGCCGGCAUGGAUCCUACGGGCACCGGCGGCGGCAACAGCGGCAACCAAAACAACGCUUCUUCAGGACUCAACAAUCUCAAUUCUCCCUCGGUGGGCAAUUUUGCGAGCACAAAUCCUUGGGAUCAACUCGAUCUGACGACGUAUGGAUUUAAUGAUCCGUUUGCGGGAGGCGGGACCAGUGGGAUGGACACAAGUUCCUCGGCGUGGUUGUUACCGUUUAACAUUGAACCACCGAAUUUCGGGGGCGGUGGCUUGGAGGAGUUUGGCAACAGCGCGUUGGAUGGGAUGGAUCUGAGUGAUCUUGGUCAAGGCGGAGAUGACGUUGGUGGACAGUUUGGUGGAGAGCAGAAUUCGGGCAAUACGUGA